AGGGACUACAUUUCCCGAGGGGCCUCGGCGGCGGCGGCGGCGGCGGGCGCGGCAACGUCCCCCGGAAGUGGAGCCCGGGACUUCCACUCGUGCGUGAGGCGAGCGGAGCCGGAGACGAAACCAGAGGCCGAACUCGGGAUCUGACAAGAUGGCCGGGCUGCCCCGCAGGAUCAUCAAGGAAACCCAGCGUUUGCUGGCAGAACCAGUUCCUGGCAUUAAAGCAGAACCAGAUGAGAGCAACGCCCGUUAUUUUCAUGUGGUCAUUGCUGGCCCCCAGGAUUCCCCCUUUGAGGGAGGGACUUUUAAACUCGAACUAUUUCUUCCAGAAGAAUACCCAAUGGCAGCACCUAAAGUACGUUUCAUGACCAAAAUUUAUCAUCCUAAUGUAGACAAGUUGGGAAGAAUAUGUUUAGAUAUAUUGAAAGAUAAGUGGUCCCCAGCACUGCAGAUCCGCACAGUUCUGCUAUCGAUCCAGGCUUUGUUAAGUGCUCCUAAUCCAGAUGAUCCAUUAGCAAAUGAUGUAGCGGAGCAGUGGAAGACCAACGAAGCCCAAGCCAUAGAAACAGCUAGAGCAUGGACUAGGCUAUAUGCCAUGAAUAAUAUUUAAAUCGAUCCGAUCAUCAAGUGUGCAUCACUUCUCCUGUUCUGCCAAGACUUCUUCCUUUUUUGUUUGCAUUUAAUGGACACAGUCUUAAUAGAAACAUUACAGAAUAAAAGCCCAGACAUCUUCAGUCCUUUGGUGAUUAAAUGCACAUUAGCAAAUCUAUGUCUUGUCCUGAUUUACUGUUGUAAAGCAUGAGCCGAGGCUAGAAGUAUCAUCUGGAUUGUUGCGGAACGUUUAAAAGCAGUGGCUCUCUGCUUUUAUUCAUUUCCCCCAUCAUGGUUUAAGUAUAAAGCACUGUGAAUGAAGGUAGUUGUCAGGGUUAGCUGCCAGGGGUAUGGGUGUUUUUAUUUUGUGGGUUUUUUUUUUUUUUUUUUUUUUUUUUGAGGGGAAAGGUAGUUUUAUUUUAAUUUUAUGGGCUCCUUUCUCCCCCCCUUUAUGGUGAUCUAAUUGCAUUGGUUAAAAGCAGCUAACCAGUUCUUCAGAAUAUGCUCUCUAGCCAUGUCUAACUUUAUUUAGACUCUAGAUGGACAAGCUUGAUUGUUUGAAUCAAAAUGGGAACAUUAAACAAACAUCACAGCCCUCACUAAUAACAUUGUGACUUUACUGUCAGGUGUAGAUUCCCCCCUUCAAAAAAAAAAAAAGAAAAGCAAAAACUUGUGACCAUUUUGUAUGGCUUGUCUGAAAACUUCUGUAAAUCUUAUGUUUUAGUAAAAUAUUUUUUGUUAUUCUA